ACAACAAAACAAGCAUAAAAUUUAAUGUAACUAUUCAAAAACUUAUAGAUAUAGGUUCAUCGUUUUCUGAAGAAUGACGCAACCCAAGAGAAUAUCGCAGGAGACUUUUGACGCCGUAGUUAAAGAAAAUCUCGAUGAGUUUGAGAUGGACUUGGACGAAGCCGUUGCAGAUGCAAAACAGCAGUUCGAAUCGCAAAACGUUGAUCUAAGUAAUAUUAUCACUUCUUUUGUGUUAGAAGAAGGUAGCUCUGGAUCGGAAGGUCUAAGGCACAGUCACCCUGUCAAAGAUGCUUUAGAGAGUAUCCAAAAUACGCUCCAUUCAAGCAAUCCUGAUCAACUAGUAAAAGCAUUAGAGUCACUCCAACUUCAGUGCAGUAGUGACAAUGAAAACAAAAAGUUUGCUACACAUCAUGGAGCUCUAAAAGUCCUAUUAGCAUCAAUCAAACAUUUGCAGAACAAUCCAGAGCAUCUUGCUCCUGCACUUGAAGCACUAAGCUCAUUAACAAACGGACAAGCUGACAUACUAGACAGAGAGGCCUUAGAAUUGUUAUUUACAAUCCUCAAGGAUUCUUGUAAUAGUGGUAAAGUUUUGGAGCAAAGUGUACGGGCUAUCCGCUACAGCUGUAUCAAAGCUGAGUCAAACAGACAGACCUAUGUCAGCCUUGACAUUAUUCCUCUUCUAAUAAAAGCUUUGGACAGCCACAAAGCUAAUCCAAGAAUCACUAAAGAGAUUUGUAUAUUAUUACGUGUCUUGACCUUCGAUGAUGAUAUGUCAGUCCCUUAUGGAAAGGCGCACGAACAUGCUAAAAUGAUAGUUGCAGAGAAAGCUUUUCAAGUCAUCUUAGAAGCAAUGGAGUCUGUGUGUGAUAGUCUGGACACACUCAGUGAGCUUUGUGCAACCCUAGGAAGAUUAUUUGUAAGGAAUGAGUUCUGUAAAGAGUUUGUUGACAUGGGAGGUUUAAAGGUGGUAUUAAAGCUGCUUGAAGCAAACAUUACAAACCAGGCYAUUGCAAAAAAUGUCUGUGCCAUGUUGAAGACCCUGUCAGGCAAUGAUGAUGUCAAGAAGACAGUAGUUGAGAGUAAAGGAAUGGAUCUAGUACUUAUGGCUAUGAAAACACAYGAGAAGCUCCCAUAUGUAGCAGAGCAGGGAUGUGCAGUUCUUGCAUCCAUCUCACUUCGAAAUCCUGAAAACUGUGCCGCAAUUGUUGCAUCUGGUGGAGCUGAGGUGAUACUCAAGGCAAUGCAGCUUCAUUGCGAUGCUGUUAGCGUACAGAAACAAGGUUGUCUGGCACUUCGUAACCUGGUUGCCCGCAACCCUGGCAACUGUGAACCAAUACUCAGUGCUGGAGGCGAGAACCAAAUAAGGCAAGCCAAUCAUAAGUUUUCAACAGAAUGUGGUGACCUGGCUAAAGCUGCGCUGAGAGACCUUGGAUGUGAUGUAGAGUUGAAAGAACUUUGGACUGGUCAGGGAAGACAAUUAGCUACUCAGACUUGACAUCUAUAACGCUUGUCAGUUAUAGAUAUUGUCCAAAUUUAUUGAUAAUUAUUUAUACCUUUAUGGAAACAUUUUAUUUUUAUCCAAAAAUGAAAGUGUUUGCAGAUAGCUGUUGAUGGCAUUUGGUCAUAGCUACAUGUAGCAUGGGUUUUUUUAAUAAAAAUAAUAUUUAAUUAAUCUAUAAUUAUACCUUUUUGUAUUUUUGUUGGACUUACAGGCAUUUUCCUAUAUUUUUCAAUCUUUCUUUGGCCAGUAUCAGGUUAUGAUAACUGUAUCUUGUGUAAAGACAUGUAAUAAUUGAGUCUAGGAACUGUAAAUUAUAUUAUCAAAGUCCAUGAUCAGUUUAUUAUAACAAGUGUAUGGCUACCUACUGUCAACAAGUCAAGGAAUUUCUUAGUCUGAUAAAAUAGCUGGCUCACAUAAUGACUUUUACAUAAUGUAGUUUUAAAGGCCCAGUGUGCACCAUUUUGCUUUGGGGGCCAUGAGGGCCUGGAGGUGACCAUUUUCAGUUUACAGAAAGUCUAUAAAAUAUUGUACUGUGCGUUCCAAAUCUUUGAUCAUCUCACUUUUUUAAGCGCUUUAAACGGUACUAAUAUUAUUAGAGUUUUCAACCAUCUGACAUUCGUCAUAUUUGGAUACCAGAAGUGUUUUCAGUUUGGUGUADUCAUAACUGAUAACAGAGGUGCGCAAAGCAUAAUGGUGCAAACUGGGCCUUUAAGAGCAUUUUUUGGUGGCUCUUUUGAAAAAGGUCUAGUAUUCUUUCAUAAUCAAAUGAAAAUCAUUCCGUAUCAUCACUGAUGGUAAUUUUAAUUGAUAUAACAAUAUGACUUAAAAUAUUACAAACACUAAUCUGCUAAUUGGUACAAGCUGUCACAAUUCACUGUGAGUACCAAAUAUCUUAGAACGGAUGCCAUUGUAUAUUCUUGUUCUGGUAAAGCCCAGAAUAAUAAGUAUCAAUAUAUAAAAAAUCAUUAUCUUUGUGAA